AUGGCUAGGUUUGGCGGCUUGCCUUCUUUGGCCGAUCAGUACCAUUCCUUGUGGUCGACGACAACAACGUUCUUACAACGAGCUUCAUUGAAUAGUCGGCCGAGGGCUCGUCCGAUCAGAGCGCUUAUUCUCACGACUAUCGCAUGCUUCUUCCUGUAUCUUUGCCUGUCAGGCCCGUUUAGACAUACACCCGUCAACUACUGGCUUAAGUACCCCUCAUACCAUCCUUUCAAUGGCCGCCCCGAAGACUCGCCGAUGCUCAGUAAUGGAGGGCCUGCUAUAGGUCGCAGUGACACACUCCCGAAUACUUUGCGCAAAGCGAACCCCUCCUUCCAUCUCGUCCUGCCCGCGGGGCAGAAGAAUGCCGCGCUAUGUCGCACAAUUACUUCCGCGAUGAUUCUGAACUACCCCCCGCCGACCUUGGUCAGAUACGGCAGGAAGCUUCCUGAAGGAUCUUCUGAAUAUGAUUACAUGGUGGACCGCGUGACGGGCAUCUACAAUUUCCUUGAAUAUACCUCCCACGUGCACGACGAUGAUUUCGUUCUCAUUGCGGAUGGCUACAAUGUCUUUUUCCAAUUGCCGCCGGAGGUGCUCAUCCAACGGUUUCAGACUAUCUUGAGAGAAAACAACGCAAAGCUGCGAAAGAAGUACGGCCUCGCGACGGUCGAGCAUCCGUUCCGCAAAGGCCUGGCAGAGACGUUACAGAAGUACUCCCAAAGAGUGCUGUUUGGCGCAGGCAAGGAGUGUUUCCCCAAUCUUACCGCGGACGCGGGCUGCGUCACCGUGCCACCGUCCAGCUUGCCUCCAGAUGCCUAUGGUUGGAAAACCGAUACCCACCCUCAGGGACACUUGACGCGGCCGCGAUGGUUGCACCCCGGUACCGUGAUUGGGCAGGCUGCCGAUCUGAAGUUGAUCUAUGCCGAAGUGCUACGCUUCGUGGAGGAAGAUCGCCACAAGCGAGGGGAUUACCUGGCCUUGACGCAGAUGUAUGGGCGUCAGGAGUAUGUGCGAGAGCUGGACCGACGGGAAAGCUCCAGCCGGUUCAAAGAGUGGUUUUAUAGACAGAUUGGCAUUUCCGAUGCCGUGAACAUCGCCGACGUGAGCCCCCGCCUCGAGACCGGCCAUCGCUACGAAUAUGGGAUUGGGGUCGAUUUCGAAUCUCGCCUGUUCUUCAACACCCGCAAAUCGAAGAGGGACAUUGAGUGGCUCCGACAUCACAACAUCUCCAAGACAUCUUCCGCCCAGAUGCAGCAUGGUGUCCCUCGAGAGAAGCGCCUGCUGCUUCCCGCCGAGCUUUUCCCUGGAAGAAUCGGCAAUCCCUUCCAGCAACCCGUGUUCAGCAAGAAUGAGCAGGUUAAACCGCCUUUGAACUCCACCCUCGAUAUGCUCCCAAGCACCAAGAAUCAUACAUGGCGGAACAUGCCCCUGCUAACCAAUAUCCACGCCGCAUCCAUCCCUGCUUUGAUCCAUCUGGACGAGGAGAAGGUUGUCGAAAAGGACGGCAAUGAAUGGCCGGUCAAGCACACCGAACGGCUGAUGCGAGAUACCUGGUGGUCCAAGAUGUGGUACCAACCGUGGGCUCGUGCGCUUCUCCGCAAGUAUGUGCGCAGCCCCACUGGGUUUGACGCCGCUCAAUCGGCCCUUCUGGGAGGUCAAGAUUGGUGGGACCUGCGUGGCGGCAAGGGAGGUGUCUGGACCGACAAGGGGGAGUGGAUUGACUACGCCGAGGUCUGCACUGGGUUCGAAGAAGAGGUGUUUGACGACGAGCUGGGGAGAUGGGGAGCAGAAGGCGGCGAUACAGAUGAACCCCUCUACAAUCAGUUCGGCAAGUUAAUCAAGGGCAAAGAAGAGCAGGUGGGAUCUUCUUGA